AGACGGAGCGCUCUCCUCUGAAUUGCUGCUGGUUGUCCUCACCCUGCUUUUCAAAGAGAGAGAGAGAGAGAGAGAGAGAGAGAGAGAGAGAGAGAGAGAGAGAGAGAGAGAGAGAGAGGUUAUGUCAACGGAGACAAGGAUGGCAAGCGAAGAUCAGAAUGCCGGUGACGCCGCUGGUGUCGAGGCCGAAGCUUCAGGGUCGGGAUCCGAGUCAGGUUCAGAAUCGCCUAAGAGGGGUGGAGGCGGCGAUGGUGGGAGCAGCGUGUGCAAGGAAGAAGAUGUCUCCCCCGGCGGCGGCGGGGUGACCGCCGCCACCAGGGAUAGCAAGCUGACAAGGCACUCGGACAGCGAUGGCGGAUUUGCUGAUCCUGCACCCAGACCAGGGCACGUGCCAGGUUCGCAUUCAGUAGUUUCUGGCGCAUUGGCAUCACCGACACCGUCACGUCAUACCCAUACCCCUUCGGUUGUUGAGCAGUCGGGAUCGGGGGGGGAUAGUAGUAGUAAUCACGGAUCAGCCGAUAAUCAGUCGAGACCUGGAUACGCGCUGGGAGCCGGAUCGAUGGUCCCAGGAUCACCGGGAUCUUCCCCGAUGGAACAUCCGGGGAGCAGCUACGUGCCUAUGUCCACCUCACCCAAUUCCGGCGCCAUGAUUCCACCGCCGCCCGCCGCGCAAGUACCGGUCGUACACCCCCCCUACCAGUUCGUUACCCCGCGCAAACGCAUCACCAGCAAGCCGGACAUUUCAAAAUUCAUUGCUUGUCCAACGGGAGGAGCAUUGUAUUUAGGGUUUGUGGUGGCGCUGAGCGAGUCGGUGAAGGGGAUCAAGAUCUCUGACGAGUGCCACGUGUCACCUGUCGUGCAGAACCUGAUCGGCGUGUUGCAAACCAUGUCGGGAUGGAUCGAUGAGAUCCCGCCUGUGAAACAGCCUGCGAGGUAUGGAAACAUAGCCUACAGAGAUUGGCAGAAGCGCCUUCAAGAGAGAGGACCGGCUAUGGUGGCGAGUGUGCUGCCUGAUCAGAGUCUGGCACUUGGCGCGAUCAGAGAGAUCUUUCCGUAUUUUGCUGAUAGUUUUGGAAAUGCCAUCCGGAUUGAUUAUGGAACAGGGCACGAAGCUAAUUUCGGCGCGUUUUUGCUCUGCUUCGCGCGAUUAGGCUUGGUCUCUGCCUCCGAUUACCCAGCUCUGGUUACCCGCCUCUUCGUUGUCUAUCUCUCUCUCAUGCGCAAGCUCCAGACUACCUACUGGUUGGAACCAGCGGGAUCGCAUGGGGUUUGGGGGUUGGAUGAUUACUGCUUCCUGCCGUUCAUCUUCGGUGCCGCUCAGCUGAUUGGACACAAGUACAUGCGGCCCAAGUCGAUUCACAACGAGGACAUCUUACGGCAGUUUUCUGAGGAUUACUUCUACCUGGCGGCUGUCAAAUUCGUGAAGCAGGUGAAGAAAGGAAUGCUGCAAGAACAUUCGCCGAUGUUGAAUGACAUCAGUGGAGUGCCCACGUGGCACAAAGUGCACAUUGGAAUGCUCAAGAUGUACAGAGCUGAAGUUUUGGAGAAAGUUCCGAUCAUGCAGCACUUCCUUUUUGGCUCGUUAAUCACGUGGCCUGAAGAUAAAUGAUGGCGAUAAACGCCGCCGCCGACGACGAUGAUGGUGGUAGUGCCGAUGGUGAUGAUGAUGAUGAUGUUAAGGAGCAUGAUGCUGACGUGUGCGAGAUGAUCGAAAUGGACUGGAUGAUUAUGCUGCUGCUGCUGCUGCUGAUGAUGAUGGUGCUGGACACAUGGUGGUGAUGAUGAUGAGGAUAGUCAAGAUCGUGAUGCUGGUGUAUGAAGAUGAUUGACAUGGAAAUGAUGAUGAUGAUGAUGAGUGCGGGCCCAUACUGGCAGAGCAAACGGCUGAUGGCGGGGAGAAGUAGAUACACAGCAGGUUCCUAACGAGUAAUCCGUACAUGUGAAGUCCAAGAAGG